AGUAUUUUCGAUAAUAGUAUAGAAAUAUAAAAUCUAUAUCGGUAUAAUUUUCUUUUGUCAAUAUGACACUACAGAGGUGCAUAUUCAGAUUAUCAAAACAGUGUUUAACUCAGCGUUAUAUUCUACAGUCAAAUAUUAAAUUGUCAUAUUGUGAGUUAAGGCAUAAAUACAGUUCUGGUACAAGCAAGAAAUUUACAGACCGCCAUGAGUGGGUUCUAGUUGACAAAGAUAUAGGAACUGUUGGUAUAAGUAAGUACGCACAGGAAUCUCUUGGAGAUGUUGUAUUUGCUCAACUCCCUGAUCCAGGAACUGAGUUGAAGGCAGGAGAUGAGUGUGGAGCUCUUGAAAGUGUUAAAGCGGCCAGUGAAAUAUACUCACCAGUUAGCGGAACUGUAACUGAGAAAAAUAAAGACGUUGAAAAGAAACCGGGCCUUAUAAACUCAUCAUGCUAUGAAAAAGGAUGGCUCUUUAAACUGAAGCUUUCAAAACCAGCCGAACUAAAUGAUCUGAUGAGCGAGGAACAAUAUGAAACAUUUUUGAAAACUGAUGUUGAGAAGGAACCCAAAGAAUGAUAUAUAAGUUAAGAAAAAAGUUGUGCAAUAUUGUUUAUGUAUAGUAUAGAAAUAAAUAUUAUUUAAUGUUUUAAAA